CUUGAUUGACUGGCGUUGUUGGUCUUCGUCUGCUCCUAGUCUCCACUGUGCGCUCCCUUCCUCUCCUCAUUCUCAUCUCAGUCCUGUGUCCUCCAUUGCGCUCCCUGGAAUAAGAUCCAUCCUAGUUUGUUGCUGAUCUCCUCCUCCGUCCUCGCCCCUGCCAACUGACUGCCACAGUCCAUGGACAUUCUGGGGUGUCAGUGGAACAGCUAGCUUGGCUUUCGGUCAUUAUUCAGAGCAGCAUGCAUGGAAUCCAAUGACCUGAUUGAGUGAAGCGUAGUCUUGUCCCCUCACGGAUCUGGCCUCUGGUGCCCAGCCGCCGCUUUCGCUUCAUUGUCCGACGAGGCCACCGCCGCUGUGUUCUGCUCUGCCGUGAAGCACAAAAGGGUGUCAGUGGAACAGCAAGAAAGAACCAUGGAGUUUCCAGUCAUUCAGAGCACCAUGCCUCAAAUCCACUGACCCGUCUAGCUGCCUGGGUGGGGUCGUGGGGCUCUGUAUCUAUCUAGUACGGUGUACCACUGUAUUCCAAGCAAUUUACUCUCUUGACUGCUGUUGGACUUCCUCUGUCCUGGCUUCCAUUGUGCUGCCUUGUUGCUGAUCUCAUCCAACCACCGGAUCGAGUGAAGCGACCUCUAUGCAGCCGCUGUGUUUUGCUCUGUUCUAUUCUGCUCUGCUCUGCCAUCCGACGCUGACGCCGCGACUGUUUUCUGCUCUGCCGUGAAGCAUCAAAGGUUUCCAGCUGAUUGAUCCAGCCAGCUCUCAUGGAUAUUGUCACGGGUGCCAUUGCCAAGCUGAUCCCCAAGCUGGCCGACCUACUUGUGGGGGAGUACAAGCUGCACAAGAACGUCAAGAAAAAUAUCAAGGACCUCCUGAAGGAGCUUGAGAGCAUGAACGUUGCCCUCGUCAAGAUUGGUGAGGUGCCGCGGGACCAGCUCGACAAACAAGACAAGCUCUGGGCCGAUGAUGUCAGAGAGCUCUCCUACGUCAUUGAGGAUGUCGUUGACAAGUUCCUCGUGCGAGUCGACCACAUUCAGCCUGACGACGCCACAAACAAAUUCAAGGGGCUCAUGAAGAGGACGACCAAGUUGCUGAAGAAAGUCAAGGAUAAGUAUGGGAUAGCUCAUGCAAUCAAGGACAUCCAGGAGCAACUCCAGAAGGUGGCCGCUAGGCGUGACAGGAACAAGGUAGUUGUUCCUAAUCCUACGGAACCAAUUACUAUUGAUCCUUGUCUUCGAGCUUUGUACGCAGAAGCGACAGAGCUGGUUGGCAUAUAUGGGAAGAGGGAUGAGGAGCUCAUGAGGUUGCUCUCCAUGGCGGGUGAUGAUGCCUCUACCAAGAGACUGAAGAAGGUCUCCAUUGUUGGAUUUGGAGGGUUGGGCAAGACCACUCUUGCUAGAGCAGUAUACGACAAGAUUAAAGGUGAUUUCGAUUGUCGGGCAUUUGUUCCCGUCGGUCAGAACCCUGACAUGAAGAAGGUUUUAAGGGAUAUCCUCAUUGAUCUCGGCAACCCUCACUCAGAUCUUGCGAUGCUGGAUGACAAACAACUUGUUAAAAAGCUUCAUGAUUUCCUAGAGAACAAAAGGUAUCUUGUCAUAAUUGAUGAUAUAUGGGAUGAAAAAUUGUGGGAACACAUCAACUUUGCUUUCUCCAACAGGAAUAAUGUAGGCAGUCGACUAAUUACGACAACCCGCAUUGUCAGUGUCUCCAAUUCAUGUUGCUCGUCGGACCAUGAUUCGGUUUAUCAAAUGGAACCACUUUCUGUUGAUGACUCCAGAAGACUCUUCUACAAAAGAAUAUUUCCAUUCGAGAGUGGAUGUCCAAAUGAAUUUGAACAAGUGUCUACAGAUAUUCUGAAGAAAUGUGGUGGGGUACCACUAGCCAUCAUUACUAUUGCUAGUGCUUUGGCUGGUGGCCAGAAGGUGAAACCAAAGUGUGAGUGGGAUGUUCUGCUCCAAUCCCUUGGCUCUGGACUAACAGAAGAUAAUAGUUUAGAGGAGAUGCGGAGAAUACUCUCUUUCAGCUAUUAUAAUCUACCGUCCCAUCUGAAAACUUGUCUACUAUACCUAUGUAUAUAUCCAGAAGAUAGCACGAUUGAUAGAGAUGGACUGAUAUGGAAGUGGGUGGCCGAAGGAUUUGUCCACCAUGGAGAUCAAGGGACCAGCCUGUUUUUGGUCGGAUUAAACUACUUCAACCAGCUCAUUAAUAGAAGUAUGAUCCAGCCAAUAUAUGAUGGUAUAGGCCAGGUAUAUGCUUGCCGUGUACAUGAUAUGGUUCUGGACCUUAUCCGCAACUUGUCACAUGAAGCAAAGUUUGUUAAUGUAUUGGAUGGCACUGGGAAUAGCAUAUCUUCACAAAGUAAUGUCCGCCGUUUGUCCCUUCAGAAUAAAAAGGAAGAUCAUCAAGCCAAGCCUCUCACAAAUAUCAUGAGUAUGUCACGAGUGAGGUCAAUUACUAUCUUUCCACCUGCUGUUAGUAUCAUGCCAAGUCUGUCAAUGUUUGAAGUUCUGCGUGUACUUGAUCUUUCGGACUGUAACCUUGGGGAAAGUAGCAGCCUGCAGCUUAACCUCAAGGGUGUUGGACAUUUAAUCCACCUAAGGUACCUAGAUCUAUCAGGUACCAAAAUCAGGGAACUGUCGGCUGAGAUAGGAAACCUGCAGUUUUUGGAGGUGUUGGAUCUUGGAGACAAUUAUCAGCUAGAUGGAUUGCCGUCCACCAUUUGUAAUCUGAGAAGAUUAAUCUACCUAAAUAUUUUUCACGGUAAGUUGGUUCCAACUCCUGGUGUGUUGCAGAAUCUGACAUCCAUUGAAGUGUUGAGGGGGAUCUUGGUCUCUCUGAACAUUAUUGCACUAGAGCUUGGCAACCUGACAAGGCUGAGGGAGCUUAAGGUUUACUUCAAGGAUGGUAGUUUCGAUUUGUAUGAAGGUUUCGUGAAGUCUCUGUGCAACCUACAUCACAUCGAAAUUCUAAGUAUUGAUUGCAAUUCCGGAGAAACAUCUUUUGAACUGAUGGACCUCUUGGGAGAACGCUGGGUGCCUCCUGUACAUCUCCGCAAAUUUGUGUCGGAAAUGCCCAGCCAACUCUCUGCACUGCGAGGGUGGAUAAAGAGAGACCCCUCGCAUCUCUCGAACCUCUCUGUGUUAUUCCUCGAUUCAGUGAAGGAAGUGCAGCAGGAGGACGUGGAAAUCAUUGGGGGGUUGCUGUCCCUUCACCGUCUCCAUAUAAAGAGCACCCACCAAACACAACGGCUGCUAGUCAUCCGUGCAGAUGGGUUCCGUUGUAUGGUUGACUUUUACUUGAAUUGUGGAUCAGCAGCGCAGAUAAUGUUCGAACCAGGAGCUUUGCUGAGGGCGGAAGUAGUUAGGUUCAGCCUGGGCGUGCGGGUGGCGAAAGAGGAUGGAAACUGUGGUUUCGACUUGGGCCUGCAGGUUUGGAUGUAUUGUGGUGGAGCGAGGGUUGGGGAGGCAAAGGAAGCGGAGGCUGCGGUGAGGCACGCGCUCAAAGCCCAUCCUAACCAUCCCAGGAUUUAUAUUGACAUGUGGCCGCGUAUAGCAGAAGAUGCUCAUGAUGACGAUUUGUGUGAGGACUGAUUUCUGUUCCAGAGCGACUCACAUUACAUCUGAUGUGCUCUCAGUUGUGUAGGUUGCGAAGGUGCAUAUUGGAAGUUUCUAGCUUACAGAGGAAAGAAUUGCACGAUGUGCAGGUAGUAGGGUUGUGGGGUUACUGCUGGUGGAAUCGGAGAUGCAUGUUUCGCAGGCGUUUUGGGUGGCGCUGACCGUGAAAAGAUUUGAAGGAGGAAAAGGUUCCAAGCUUCACUGGAAAUUGUGUGAUCGAUGAGCUUCUUUUAAAUGGCAGUCGCUUGCAGAAAGAGAUAUUGGUUGGUUUUGUAAUGAAUAAGUAAGGGUGUUGGAGUGACAUGCUGCUCUGCUUUCGUUGCUGCUCUGCUUUCGUUGCUUGUUGUUGUGCUUUCGCUCGCUCACCACAUGACAUGCUGGCGUUUUCUGUUUUUAAGCUGAACCAGACAAACCUGAGGUUGUAUUAUCAAUUUUGUGAUGAAUGAAAUAGGGGGCUCACCUGAGCUCCUUGAUUCGAAUAAAACUUCGGUUCACUGA